ACACACAGACGCACAGACAGAGACAGGGAGCGGCUCUCAAUCCAUCAGCACAAUCCCUGGGAACAGGCUCCGGCUGCAAUGGAGCUGACACCGUUUGCUGCUCUGAACUCCUCCCUGUGUGAGGGCAACAGCCAGAGCAGGGAGUUUUACUCUGCUGAAUGGGAGGAUCAGAUCAUGAGAACUCGACCUGAGCACCGGUGCACUGUGAGUGAGCUGAAUGGUGCCCGGAAGGAGAGUUAUGACAGGAGAUCCCAGGUGACCUACUUGGUGCAGCGAAGCCCGGCCAACCUGAUGAGGAUGGGCUGCCUGGGGGAGGAGCUCACUGAGUAUCGCCUGCCUGCCCGCAGCGUGCUGCCAUUGGCAAUCUUCACACCGACUCAGAUCAGCACGAAAAUG